UUUGCAAGUUAUUUCUCCUUGGAAGGAGCGGGAAAAUAAUUGGCGCACGGAAUAUAAUAGUUCAGUCUCAUUUCAAGGAUUUGGGAAUAGAACUGGCUUUCUUAAUCGCUCCAUGCGUUCACCUCAAAUUAGGGUGCCCUUCUUGGACUGGUGCUUUGAAUUUGACAUCCAUGGCUUCGAAGAUAGUUGCAGAGUAUGCAAAGUCCGCAAGGUCUUCCUGCAAAAAGUGUGGAGCUACCAUAUCUAAGGAUUGCUUGAGGCUCGGAAUCGUAAGUAAAGGACCUGGUAAUUUCGAUGUCACGAAAUGGCAUCAUAUCGACUGUUUCCCUUCUGAAUCGCACGAGGUUAUUGGAGAGAAGAUUAGUGGUUUCUCUUUACUGAAGCACAUUGAUCAGGAAGCAUUGCGAAAGGUUGCUCAUAAUCGUAAAGCAUUUAACUCUUUAGAUGCUGAGGAAAAGGAUAAGGGAAGUUCAAAGAAAUUGAAGACAUAUGGAAUAUAUAAAGAAGUGGCAGGAUCUAGUGUUGACAAAAUGCAAGGUGAAGGUGAUGGUAAUGUGGAGGAAAAUAAGGAUUCAGAGUUGGAAAUAAAGUUUUCUGUUAAUGAGAUCAAGGAGAAGUACAAGGAUGCUAACCUUAUUCCAAACUGGAAGGCAUUUCAGACAGUCAUUUUUCUGGAACAGGAAGAUGGAUUUCACACAUCAAGUAAGAUUGCUGCAUUUGAUUUUGAUGGCUGCCUUGUGAAAACAUCUGUGAAAAGAGUUGGUCCUGAUGCUUGGUCCCUUCUCUAUCCUUCAAUACCAGCAAAACUGCAAAGUUUGUACAACAAUGGGUAUAAACUGGUGAUUUUCACUAAUGAAUCUAACAUUGAUCGGUGGAAGAACAGCAGGCAGAAAGCCGUUGAUUCUAAGAUUGGACGCCUUAUCAACUUCAUCAAGCUUGUGAAGAUUCCUAUCCAGGUUUUCAUAUCUUGCGGAAUGGAGGGCACUGGUGAUCCUUUUCGAAAACCUAGAACUGGAAUGUGGAGAUUGCUGCAGAAAAAUUUCAAUUCCGGCCUUGAGAUUGAUAUGGAUCAAUCCUUUUAUGUUGGCGAUGCAGCAGGGAGAAAAGGUGAUCAUAGUGAUGCUGAUAUCAGAUUUGCCAAGGCUGUCGGCUUAAAAUUUUAUGUGCCAGAAGAAUUUUUUCUCUCAGAGGCUUCUUGACUUGUGAUGGAUACGCGUCAAAGUCAUAUUAUCUGAUAUUUGUAUGUCAUGGAUGAGUCCGUUGGAUGAGGGAUUUUUGGUGGCAAAAUCAAUUGGAAUGUCCAACUCCUCGUUCAUUAGGGUAGUUGCAGAAGUUGAACUAGUUGAAUGGUUGACAAAAAGGUUUCUGGUAAAUCUGCUUUGCAUGUCAAGGGUAAGUGGGCCCAAAAAGCCAAUUAGACUCAUCCAUAAUUUAGAUUUCCGCUGGGUCCUCAUGUCGCAUGUCAAGAGGUAGGAUUCUCUUUCUUCUCGUGUAAUGUAUCUUCUAUUUAGUUUGAGAUUGAAAUGUUAGAAUUUGAUUGCAUUUCUUAGGAACUCACAACCAAGCAUAUAGCUGAGCUGCUAUAUUUCGGAGUUCAAAACUUGUUAUCGAUUGGCUUGUAUCCAUCUCUCUUCCCCUACUGGCAUUGUAGAUAUGUACUGCAGGAUUCCUUUCACUUGUAGGGGUAUUUGAUGGUUUUAUUUUGCUUGUAAAAUAUUAACAUGAUUCAUCCCAUGCUCCAUAAAAUUGGAGUACUUGGGUCUGGAUUUGCAGAAAUGGUUACUUUAAUAAGAAAAUUAAUAAUUCGGAGUG